CCAGUUGGACUGUCAAUGAGGGUACGCGGUUUUCUGUCAAUGCAAAUCCACCUUGCCAACAAGUAAUUGGAUUUGGAGUUGCAUUUCUGAAUUGGAAAAAUAUUCUAUUUAUUAUUGUCCAGCCACCUGAGAACUGUAUCAGUUGCCUUGCUAACUUUCACCCAACGACAUGCUACAGUUUAGAGCUCUCAACGAAGAUCUACAAAAGGUUGCCAUAACGGAACUGGGUGAGCGGCCAUCAAGGAUAUCUGACGAUCUACAUGCCUUGAGAUCAUGGAUUGAGAAACAGCCCCAUCUCAAGGCGCGCACAGAUGAUCAAUUCCUUAUUCAAUUUCUCAGAGGCUGUAAAUACAGUCUGGAGAAAGCCAAACAAAAAUUGGAUGUUUUCUAUGCCAUGAAGACGAAAUGUGGCGAACUGUUUAGGAUUACCGAUGUGGAUAGUGCUGUGUUUCGGAAAUUUCAUCACACGGGAACCUUGGUCUCCCUCCCAAUACCCCUGAACGACUCGGGUCCACGUAUAAUUUUCUAUCGCUGUAAUUAUGGCGCCCAAGAUUUCACCGUGGAACAGGUCAGUCAAUAUAUCACAGCUCUGCAUGAAAUAGCAAUGGUAUCGGAUCCCUAUGCCUGCAUACAUGGCAUCAGUUAUAUUCUGGAUUUUUCCAAGUUAACCCUACAACAUGCCAUGCUCCUGACACCCACUCAUCUCAAGAAAUUUGUGCAAUUUUUCGAAAAUACUCUGCCAAUGCGUAUCAAAUCGUUUACGGUCAUAAAUCUUUCACCGGCUGCAGAGUAUCUGCAGAGACUUGUGUUUCCCUAUUUUCCCGAGAAAAUACGAAAUAGGAUUUUCAUAUGCGGCCGUAAUUUCAAUGAUAUAUCUUCGGCUGUGCCACGUAAAUACCUGCCCCAGGAAUAUGGCGGAGAGAAUGGUUCCCUCGCCCAAUUAGUUGAGGAUAACAACAAAAUCUGGGAUCAACAUCGUGACUUUUUCCGAGAAAAUGCCUACUAUGGUACCAAUGAACGUUUGCGUUUGGGCAAGAUUUUAGACUUUGGCGGGGAGUUGGGCGUUGCGGGAGGUUCAUUUCGCAAACUUGAUGUGGAUUAAAUCCUAGGUUAUAGAAUUUAUUUUAAAGAACUAAUACCAAAAAAACCGUAACUAGAAUUUA